GCACCACAGAGCUGGCCAUGACUGGCUAAGCCAAGCAAGGAUUAUCCUUGCCAUCCAGCUAUGCCAGCUCAGCAUCGAAUUUGACGCUAGUAUCGACCGACGAUGGCUGCGUUCCCUCUCGAACUGCCCUUCUCCCGGAGUUUCGCCUUCACCCAACACACAGCAGCUGAUCUUUCGAAAUAUUCAAGAUGCCCCGUCCCUUCGGAAAGCGUUUCAGUCAUCUAUUCCAUCGGCGGAAAGAGAGCGAGAAACCGAUCAUCGAAUCAAGACAAAACGAAACCCAAGAACAUUCCACCAAUAAUGAUGCCCACCCUGUCUCUCGCAAGCCUGCAGACCAGACCAUUCAGUCAACGCAAACUUUGCAGCCGCGAGACUUGUGGCAAGCUGCUUAUAACCAGCUUGAUAAUUGUCAGCAAAAUUAUCUCUCAAUCAAGGAGAUUUCAAUCACGCCGGGUGACGGAAAAGAACAUCUUAAGGAUUCAAUCGAUCAGGUCGUCACAACAACUGAAGAAGGAUAUGAAAAGUAUCAUCAGACAGCUGAUCAAACGUUCCGGAAGACUUCACGGAAAAUUCUCAAUGCAGCACUGUCAUUCAAAGAUAUUAUAGGUGCAGUGGCUGCACUCGAUCCGACGCAGCAUGCAGCUAGUGUGUGGAAUAUUGUCUCACUUAGUCUAACAUUGGCGAAAAAAUACUCCCAGUCCCGCGAUUCCCUGUUCGAAUCAUCGGAGUACCUGGCAGAUGUUCUGACAUACGGUGCCUUUAUCGAGCAGAAAUUCCACGAGAAAACAAAGAGGAUUUCUGACAAUCAUCUUGUAGAAGAUGCAUUGAUCAGACUUUAUAAAGCUAUCUUGUGUUACGUGGUCCAGAUACGCAAAUUCCAGGAAGCAAGUGUUGGAGAAAGAGUACUUAAUACGGUGACCGAUAGCCUGCAGCAACCACUCAUCGCACUCAAGAUUUCGGUUGAGAAUGAAAGGGCUAAGUUAGAUAAAUGGAUUGGAUUAGUCGAAUACCUUAACCGCACAGAAGAGGCAGAGAAUAUCCUACGCAAGAUUGAUGAGCUAGCCGAUUCCUUGAAGAGACUCCUUGAACAUUCUGGCUUCAAGAGCUUACUAUUAGCGGAAGGAGCAUUUUUCGACUCUUAUACUCAUCAGCAUGAGGAUUACUGUCUUCCAGAUACGAGAACAGAUCUUCUUAACCGCAUUUCGUUGUGGGCUCAGUCGCAAGAUCAACUUAUUUUCUGGCUAAAUGGCAUGGCGGGGACUGGUAAAUCCACUAUUGCACGGACUGUCGCUCAAUCCUUCCAAAAUCAAGGGCUUUUAGGUGCCAGCUUUUUUUUCAAGCGAGGCGAAGCCGACCGUGGUAACGCAAAGCGCUUUGUGUCGACUCUCGCACGUCAACUAAUCAUCAAGCACCGGCAAGUAGGUUUCGAUAUCUUCAAUGCAAUUGAGGAUGAUUCGAAUGUUGUGUUUAAAUCUCUUGACAUACAGUUUGAGAAGCUCCUAUAUCAGCCACUGCAAAAGCUGUCUACCAGCCAAUCUACAACAAUUGUGAUUGUUAUCGAUGCUUUAGACGAGUGUGACGGAGAUAAGGACCAACAACUUAUCCUUAACUGCUUGUUUAAGAUGCAAGAAAUCAGAUCUGUGCAUCUUCGAGUAUUUCUAACCAGCCGACCUGAACUCCCUGUUCGCAAUGGCUUUGACAAAAAUAAGGAUCACCACGAUUUGAUUCUCCAAGAGCUUCCGAAGUCCGUGAUUGAACAUGAUAUUCGUCUUUUCUUCGAAAGUAAGCUUCUGGCCAUACAAAAAGAGCGCUCACUGUCACCCGACUGGCCCGGAAGUGAGAAAAUUGAAAAGCUGGUAGCAAUGGCUAUUCCUCUAUUUAUCUUCGCAGCUACGAUUUGCCGCUUUGUCGGAGAGAGAAAAUGGCGUCCAGAACAACGGCUUGAAAAGAUUCUCGACAGUGCGAGUGCAUCUUCAGAAGACGAAAUGGCGCGAACAUACACGCCUAUCCUAAGCCAGCUUCUUGCCGGAGCUAAUGAGGAAGAGACACAUCAGCUGAAGAAAGAGUUUCAACAUAUAAUCGGGACAAUUAUUCUGCUAGCUUCACCUUUGUCCCUUCAUGCUCUCUCCCUGCUCAUUGAAUUCUCACUUGAUGAUAUCAAUAAUCGCUUGGACGGAUUCCACUCUGUUCUCAGUAUACCAGUGGAUUCUGAAGCACCAGUCCGGAUUCUACACUUGUCAUUUCGAGACUACCUUCUGGACAAAAAGUGCCCCUUCUAUGUUCCUGAGCAAGAUACACAUAGUAGAAUCGCUUCACAUUGUCUCCGGCUUAUGAAAACACGGCUUAAAGAGAAUAUAUGCGAGCUGCAAAGUUACGGAAUGCGGCAAGAGGAUAUUGAAACCGAGAUUAUCAAAGAUUGUGUUACUGCUGAUAUACAAUACGCCUGUCGGUACUGGGUUCAUCAUCUGGAACAGAGCAAAGGUCGGAUUCUGGACUGUGAUGUUUUUCGUUUUCUCCAGAACCACUUUCUUCACUGGUUGGAGGUACUAGCUCUGAUGGGAGCAAUAUCAGAAACGGUAGGAUUAAUAGAUGUAUUAAAGUCAAGAGCGCAACUUGGCUCUGAGUUAUCUGAUUUUUUGUAUGAUGCGGAAAGGUUUAUUCGCCAAAAUAACUAUAUGGCAGCAAUUGCUCCACUUCAGAUCUACCGCGCUGGUCUUGUAUUUGCACCGACCAAAAGUAUUAUCAAGCAGAUAUUCGUCAGCAAAGUUAAAGAUCAACUGGCAGUUGGAACAGCGGUGGAAGAUUUCUGGAGCUCAAAUCUACAGACAUUUGAAGGUCAUUCCGGUACGGUCGACUCAGUGGCCUUCUCGCCGGACGGCAGUACGCUGGCGUCGGGCUCGUCCGACGACACCAUCAAGCUCUGGGACACAGUCACGGGCGUCGAGCAGCACACACUGAUCGGCCAUUGCGGCACAGUCGACUCGGUGGUAUUCUCGCCGGACGGCUGCACGCUGGCGUCGGGCUCGACCGACGGUACUAUCAAGCUCUGGGAUACAGCCACGGGCGUUGAGCAGCGUACACUGACCGGCCAUUCCAGCAGGAUCGACUCGGUAGCCUUCUCACCGGACGGCCGCACGCUGGCGUCGGGCUCGGCCGACAAUAGUAUCAAGCUGUGGAACACGGCCACAGGCAUCGAGCAGCGUACACUAACCGGCCAUUUCAGCUCGGUCUACUCAGUGGCCUUCUCGCCGGACGGCUGCACGCUGGCGUCGGGCUCGACCGACGGCACUAUUAAGCUCUGGGACACAGCCACGGGCGUCGAGCAGCGCACGCUGACCGGCCCUUCUUGUAGGGUCUACUCGGUGGCCUUCUCGCCGGACGGCUGCACGCUGGCGUCGGGCUCGGCCGACGGCACUAUUAAGCUCUGGGACACAGCCACGGGCGUCGAGCAGCGCACUCUAACCGGCCAUUCCUUCUCGGUCUCCGCGGUGGUCUUCUCGCCGGACGGCCGCACGCUGGCGUCGGGCUCGGCCGACGGUACCAUCAAGCUCUGGGACUCGGCCACGGGCGUCGAGCAGCGCACACUGACCGGCCAUUCCAGCUCGUCGGUCUACUCGGUUGUAAAUCAAUCUACCCCCAGUUAUUCUAUCUCUAUCGCGGAUUGUUGGGUCACUCUACGAGGUGAAAGAGCCCUGUGGCUUCCUACUGAAUAUCGUUCUUUUCGUUCUUUUGCUAUUAAGGAUGCCACGCUUGCCCUUGGGCUAACAAACGGGCGCGUUCCAAUCAUAAGAUUUGAUUCUGAAUAG